AUGAUGAACGCGUCUAGCGGACCAUUCUAUUCACAAACAGUACCUGCGGACCUUCAAGGUUCGUUAUGGGAUGCAUCAGCAGCAGAAGGUGCACAGAACUUUCACGGAGACUCUGAUUACUCCUUCUCAUUUGGCCACAUCACACCCAGAGGACAUGGACAGGACCCCAGUGAGGAUGAUAUCUCCGGAAAAUGGAUGUCCACAGAGGAAGCCCCAGCGGUUGUCGCAGAGCCUAUGCGACGGAUGAACUCCCGCAGUUCUACAAGCAGCAGUCACAAGCACAGAACUAUCAAGGCCUCUUCACUUAAGAGUCGCCCAAGAAUCUUGUCUACUGUGUCACAAGGAUCUCACAUGUCAAGCUACGACAUGACAGGUAAUGCUCAGAUGGAUGCGUACCUUCUUGAUUCCGAUGCCCACUCUGUUUCAUCACAGAUGUUCUAUCCCACACUCCCCAUGGGUGUCGGUAUGUCUGAUGGUCUCUCAUACACUUCGGACGUGGUAACGUCUGGUCUUUCCCAGCAGCACAUGGAUCCUACUCAGCUGCGACUGGACUUUGAUCCAAGUUUGACAGGUAACUCUCCAAGUGCGUCCUGGAGCGGUUCUCUCAGCCCCAUUGAAUCUCGGAUUUCUUCCCCUGCACUUCCCGAGGAAUCAUCAUGGAACCAUGUCCCAGUGGGAUCCCUGUCUCAGGGCAGCACCUCAUCCCAUGCAAUGGGCUUCCACUCUCCCAGCCUCAGCCACCAAGGAAACGGCCUAGUUAUGACAGACGACAUCUACGGAAAUGACCUGCUGGAGAGUGCACUUAUGCCCCCUGCUUUCACUCGCCGAUCCAGCGGCGAUGGUGAAUCUACUGCCCGGGACCAUCCUCUGUACAAGAACGCUAUGCCCAAGGCUGAUGGACUUUUCCACUGCCCAUGGGAGGGUGAUGCUUCCUGCAACCACAAGCCCGAGAAGCUCAAGUGCAACUACGACAAAUUCGUCGACUCGCACUUGAAGCCAUACCGCUGCAAGGUUGAAUCCUGCGAAAAUGCCCGAUUCUCUUCGACUGCCUGCCUCUUGAGACACGAACGCGAAGCUCAUGCCAUGCACGGCCAUGGAGACAAGCCUUACCUUUGCACCUAUGAAGGAUGUGACCGUGCCGUUCCUGGAUGUGGAUUCCCCCGCAACUGGAACCUGAGGGACCACAUGCGUCGUGUUCACAAUGAUAACGGGCAGUCGCUAUCCAUGGCCUCUGGCUCCCACUCUUCCAGCCGCGGAUCGCACUCCUCGUCUAAGGGGCGGAAGCGCAAGAGCAAGGACUCUGAGACCUCUGGCCGGAAGUCGUCAUCCAAGGCCGCAGAUGAGGCCGCUGCUGCUGCCGCCAGGGCUGCUGAGCAACCGCUUAUCGAGCAGUGGUGGGACCACCGCAACGCAUUGCAAUCUUACCUCCAACGCUUUGACAACCCCGUCGCAUUCGAAGUCCUGGAGCACUCCGGCGAGGCUGGUGAGCACUUCGCCGCCAUGGAGAAGAUCUCGCGCAAGCUCAAGAAGUCGCGCGACCCACACCGCCGAUCUUACUUGCACCACUCUGGCUGA